AUGCGUUACCUUUUUGAACGAGAACGUGAUAGCUCAACACAAUUGCUUGAACGUAAACGAGACAUCUCUCGAGCGCUUCUGGACCAUGUCGACGUUGCAAAAACUAGCGAUAACGGUUCGGUGAAGUCGACCGAUUCGGGUGCAUACUUUCGAAUGCCACAGAAUCUCUACGAUCGUGCACCAAUGGUCAGCAUUGUAUAA